AAACUAAAUAAAGUAUUUUUAGUUCAAUUGGAACAUCCUGGUGUGUUUAUAUCGCCCAGAAGUGGCCCACCUCUCGUCACUUGAACCGAAUCACGCGCCCAGCUGGCGCAAGGUGUUGAACAAAUCGAACGCAGCCGCUGCCGUGUUUUGUUGUUUUUUCAGCGGUGCUUCGCGUUCGGCCUGUCAGAUCGUGGGACUUUUCGCUGGAACGACGGGACAGGAGCAACCGGGAUGCACAUGACUAAAAAGACCAGGAACACAAUGAAACCGCCAUCGCAAACAUCCCCUUUAAGCAGCAUAGUGUUUGAAGGCGUCUACAACAACGCUCGAAUGCUUCACUUCCUCACGGCCGUCGUGGGCUCCACUUGCGAUGUGAGGGUGAAGAACGGAGCAGCGUACGAAGGAAUCUUCAAGACUUUAAGCUCUCAGUGCGAGCUGGCUGUGGAUGCCGUGCACAAGCAGAGCGAUGGAGGAGGAGGAGGAGGAGAGGAAGGUGGAGGAAGCAGCCAGUCCUCUCCACCUAAGAUUGAAGACAUAACUGACACCAUGAUCUUCAGCCCCACCGACCUGGUGACGAUGACCUGCCGCGACGUCGACCUCAACUUCGCCAUCAAAGACGCGUUUACCGACACGUCCAUCAGCUCGUCGCGGGUGAACGGGGAUCACCGGGAGAAAGUCUUGCAGAGGUGGGACGGGAACGGAGAAAACUUUGAACUGGAGGCGGACACAUCUAACGGUUGGGAUGCUAACGAGAUGUUCAGGUUCAACGAGGAGGCGUACGGUGUGAAGUCCACGUAUGACUCGAGCCUCUCCAUGUACACCAUGCCUCUGGAGAAGGGCACCUCCGAGGUCUUUCGGCAGCGGGAGGCGCGAGCCAGCCGGCUGGCCAAUGAGAUCGAGAGCAGCCUGCAGUACCGCCGGCGGGUCUCCCUGGAGAACGACGAGGGCCGCAGCGAGGAGGACAAGUACAGCUCGGUGGUCCGGGGGGGGGAGGACCGGGCCAGCCCCGGGUUCGCCUCCAUCGGGAGCGAGGGUAAAUACGUCCCUCUCCCGCAGCGAGCCAGAGAGACCGGCCUGUCUGGCAGAACCGGUGCGUCCGGUCGGAACGCCGCGCCCCCGGUCUCGUCCAGGCACCCGCCAGCAGGCUCCUCCUCCUCCGACCGGAGCAGCUCGCUGUCCGUCAGGACCACCUUCUCCCCUCACCAGUCGCAGGGCAGCCCGCCGGCCGCCAGCAGCCCCCCCUGCACCAACAGCGUCCUGCCGCACUCCCUCUCCCACCCACAGGCCCUCGCCGACUCCACGCGCUCCACCGUCAACGGAGUCACAUCCAGAACUUCCCCCAAAACCCAGAGAAUUCAGAGCAGCAGAACCCUGAGGAACCCAAACUCCCAGUCCUCACCUGCAGGAGUCUCUCGUGCUCCUAAACACGACGGCCCCCCACAGGAACUUCCUCUGGUCAGUCCCGUUUUCCUGGACUCUGCCGCCGCUUCCGUCACCAUAGCAACCGCUGCCAAACCUUCCGGCCCCACCCCUCUAUUCCCUGUGGAUGUGAACGAGAUCCUCAGCACCGCCGCUAAGGAGCGAGCUGAGAGUCUCUGUGAAGGAAAGAGCUGCAAAGCUCCGACGGUGCAGCAGAGGAACCAGCUGGAGGAGCUGCGCAAGUUCGGCAAAGAGUUCCGGCUGCAGCCCGCCUCCUCUCCGUCUGCAAGCCCCGCCUCCACCGAUCCUCCUCAGCACAGCUCUGCCGACUCCUCCCCCGCACCGCCCAAACCCGCCUCCUCCUGCUCCGCCCAAGACCCCCAGCAAGGCGCCUCCUCCGGCCCUGAGGGUCCGGCGCCGGAGGGGCAGCAGCCCGGGACGGCCCCCGGCGGCGAAGACCGAGGCGAACGACCCGAGGCCGCGGCAACAGCCCAAGUGAAGAACUCCACCCUGAACCCCAACGCCAAGGAGUUCCUCCCCGUGAAGGUGACCCCUGUCCAGAAGCCUGCGCCGACCCCCACCCCACCUCGACCCACGCCCCCCAGCCCCUCAUUGGUCCUGGCUCCUCAGGGACAGCCAGGGGGAGGAGCCAUCUACGGGAACCCACCUGGACACUACCUGUCCUACGUCUCCCCCCUCCACAUCCAGGGACACCAGAUCCAGGCUCCUCAGAUGUAUCAGUACACCAUGUCGACUGUCAAUCAGGGCAAAUACCCCAGAGCCAAAGGUCCGGUGGUGGGUCAGCGCCCCGAGCACCACGGCUCCCAGGCGUCCUCCAUGAUCCCGGCCGCGGCCUCGGCCGCCGGGCCCCCCCUGGUGGCCUCGCCGUACCCCCAGUCCUACCUGCAGUACGGUCAGGUGAUCCAGGCCCUGCCCCCUCACUACCAUGGACAGCCAGUUUACUCGAUGCUUCAGGGGGGGGCGAGGAUGCUGACGUCCGGGGGCCCCCCCCAACAGAUGGGUCCUCCUGGCCCCCAGUACCCCAGCCAGGCUGAGGGCCCCCAGGGGCCCCAGCAGGCCAUGUAUGCUCAGUCCUUUACUCACCACUCGGGGGCCAUGCAUCAUCCUCAGCCCUCCAGCACCCCCACUGGGAACCAGCCCCCCCCCCAGCACACGGCUCCCAGUCCAGGACACAACCAGUCAAAUCAGGUUGGUCCUCAGCCUCAGUCCAUGUUCCACUCUGGAGGUCUGCAGGCCCCGGCCCCCCCCAACAUGCAGCCGGGCCACAGCUCCCCCCAGGCCUCCUACGCCAUGCAGGGCUACAGCCUGCCGGGCCACCAGCCGCUGCCCCACGGCUUCCCCUCCAUCGGACAGCUCACUCAGGCUCACGUCACAGGCGGCAUGUCCGGCCCCCACCACUCAGCAGCUCACGGCCUGCCCCCCGUCAUGCUGCACUACGUCUCCCCCCAGCAGGGCGGGGGCUCCAACCCCCAACACGGCCCCCAGCAGGGGGCGCCGCAGCACUUCUACAUCAGCCCACAAGCCCUUCAGGUGCAGGCUCACCACAGCCAGCAGCUCUCCUUCCACCCCUCAGCCAACUGACCCCCCCCUGAAGAACGGCAACAUGAAACCAACCCUCCUCGUUGCUCCUGAGCAGAGAGGCUUCUGCAUUUUAAGUGUAAAUAGACUGAACUCAGUGGACCCCCCCCCCCCCACAGACAAAACCAGUUCAUUGAUAAUAAAACC